AUGCUAGCAAAGACGGUAGGAGAGCGAAGAGUAGGCGAGUACUUGGCUGGAAAGACGCCUCACAGGAUUGAAUUUCCAAAUCAUCGCUCCUUCUAUAAGCGGUGGGAAUUCUCUGAAUCCGAGAUCCGAAAAAACCUCAAGUCCGGUGCGAUCGGCAUCUGGCCGCCGGAUGCUGAGCCGCCUGAAGUGAUCAGUCCAAUGGGCGUAGUGGAAUCAGCUGGCAAGGAAAGACUGAUCUGCAACAAUAGGUACGUGAACGUGUUUCUCGAACAAAUCCCGUUCGAAUACGAGAAAAACAGAGACAUUCUCACGUUCACGCGGCAGGGCUUUUACAUGGCGACAGCAGACCUAAAGUCUGGAUACUUCCAUGUGCCAAUCCAUCCGGCAUACUGGAAGUAUUUUGCUUUCAAAGUUGGCGGCAAAACCUUUUUCUACAAAGUCCUGUGCUUCGGGUUUGCCCAAGCGUGCUACGUGUUCACCAAAAUUAUGAGAGAGCCAAUAUUGGAACUCCGAGCCAGGAAGAUUCCGAUGUCAGGUUACAUUGACGAUUCGUUCACCGCAGCCGAAACAUUCGGAAGGGCUUUGCGUCAGAUCCUGUUCAUCGUGCUCCUGAUGGGAGCGCUGGGGGCUCAUUUCGGAAUUCCAAAGUGUCAGCUGGAGCCGGUUCUCCUUCUAAAGUGGCUCGGUUUUCUGGUUGACUCGGAGCGGACGGAGUUCAGACUUGGGAAGAACAGACUCGAGAAACUAAAGGAGGCGCUCAAGGAAAUGACCGAGAGUCCGUCCACCACUCCGUGCAAGCUGGCCAGGAUGGCAGGUCUCCUAACGUCCGCGGCGCCGGCAGUCCUGCCGGUGGCGCUCUACAGCCGGUCUUUCUACGGAGCGCUGAGCGGAAAGGAAACGUGGGACGAACUUUUUCCGACUCCUUCAGCGGUGGCGGAAACCGCGGCGUUCUGGUUGAACAACCUGGACGAGUGGAACGGACGAAGGUGGUGGCCGCGGCCGGCCGCGGUGCGCGCUCAGGUGGACGCUUCAGAGGUCGGGUUUGGGGGUUGGGCAGAACUACCCGACGGAAGAAAACUAGAAGUGGGGGGAACCUUUACGAAGGGGCAAGCGGGAGCGUCGAGCGCAGAAAGGGAGGUCAUCGGUUAUGCGAAGAUGAUGGAGGUGAUAACCGAGAAGGUGCCGAGCGCGGUUACGGAAAAGGCGGUUAUCCUAACCGGGGACAGCCAAGCCGGGUUAGCUGCCGUCGGGCGUUUCCGCAGCUCAGUUCCGUUGAUACGUUCCGCCCUCAAACGAGUCCUGGAGCUGUGCGCCAAAUUCCGUUUCGAUUUGGUGACGCGAUGGGUACCCCGGGAGGAACUCGCGGAAGCGGACGCUCUCUCCAGGGAACCGGACGCCUCUGAUUGGGGCAUUUCCCCGAGCGUCUUCCAGAAGGUGACGGAGUACUUCAAGGUCAAGUCGACGAUCGACCUGUUCGCCUCAGACGUCUUUCACGUCACACGACGUUUCGUCUCGAAGUACUUCACUCCGGGUUGCACUCGAGUGCACGCUUUGGCGCAAGACUGGAGGGAGUUAAUUCCAGAAGGCGAGUGUGCAUGGAUUUUCCCACCAGUCGGGAUCACUACGCAAGUGCUGCAACGCGUCGCCGACUUUCAGAUCAACGCAUUGAUAUGCGUUUCAGCGCCGAGGGGAUCGUUGGCAGAGAAUCAGAUCCGGGAGUUUGGUAGUGCAAAAGUAGAAGGGAUCUAUAAGAUCCCAAGGACGGAAGAGGAAACCUGUGCCGAUCGGAUCUCCGACUUGCUCGCACGCAACGACUAG